AUGUUCAACGCGCUCAACCGUUUUAUGUCCCGCCUCGACGGCGAGGACCCUCGACAGAAGCAGCAUCAACAAGGGCUGUUCGGCUUCCAAGUGCUGCGAAACGCAAAUCUACAGCUCGCAAUCGAGCCAUGGUUCGACUUUGUCGUGGGCAUCAAUGGACGCAUGAUCGACGACCCAAGCCCCGGCCUCUUUGCGCAAGAGGUCCGCAACUGUGCGGGAGGGAGCGUGUCAUUAGGCCUAUGGAGCGCAAAAGGCCAACGGACACGCACGAUGCACGUCCCGGUCCCGGUCGACGGCUCCUCGCUCGGCCUGUCCCUCCAGUGGACGUCGCUGAACGCCGUCGUGAACAUAUGGCACGUCCUUGACGUCCCCGCCAACUCCCCCGCCGACCUCGCGGGCCUCCUGCCCUACAGCGACUACAUCCUCGGCUCGCCUGAGGGCACCCUGCAUGGCGAGAGCGGGCUGGGCGAGAUCGUCGAGGACCACAUCGGCCGGCCCCUGAGGCUGUACGUCUACAACAACGAGUACGAUGUCACUAGGGAGGUCACGCUGCAGCCGAGCCGCGAGUGGGGCGGCGAGGGCGCGCUGGGCUGUGUCCUGGGGUACGGGGCACUGCAUCGUCUGCCCGCGCCGCUAAGCGAGCCGGUGGACGCGCCGGGCGACACGAUCUUUGACGGGUCGUUCUCGGAAAAGACGCCCCUUUACGGCCAGGCUGCGGCUGCACCUGGAGGCGACACGGCCAACUUCUUCACACCCGCCGAGGCGGAGCAACCUCUGGCUGGUGCUCCCCCGGCUGGGGGUGGUGACUUCCUCGUCCCGGCCCAGAUGGCAAGCGCGCCGCCGCCAGCAGGGAACGUGCCGCCGCGAAGUCAGAAGAAGAAGGCGCACCGGGCGCCGGUCGGUGGGAUGGAUGACUACUUCAACGAGCAGGAGGAGAAGAGCAGGGCGCUGGACCGGCCAGACUCGACUCGGAGCAAAAGCCCCCUCGCUCCCCCGCCCAAGGCGGGUGGACCACCAAAAGGAGGCCCGCCGCGAGCAGAAACACCACAAGCAGAGGCGGAGGAAAGUGCGGAAGGUGCAUAG